AUGCAAGCCCACGACCCCCAGAGCUUAACACCUCCCUCGAUCAUCUUCAUCCCAGACUUAACUAAUGCCAUCACUCGACAUCACCCAUACCCCAUUGACGGCGGCGCAUAUGGUAAUAUUUAUCAAUGUACAUACCACGCACCAGAGGGUGAUGUAAAGGUCGCCAUCAAAGCAAUUCGACCACUAUCCACCAAUGCUGCAGAGUUGACUGAGCUUUCUCAGAUCCUUCGGAGAGAGCUGGGGAUUUGGAAGAGGUUGGGACACCCCAAUAUCUUGAAUCUCAUAGGUACUGCACAGAAGUUUGGCCCGUUGGUGGCUUCGGUCGCUCCGUGGAUGGUUGACGGCACUCUGACAUCGUUCCUCAAGGAGAAGAGGGACACCCUCAAACUACGUGAUCGUCUACGUUUGCUCCGUGACAUCGCCGAGGGCCUCGACUAUCUCCAUAGGUGUAGUUUCACUGCGGACGGAGGCAACUUUGGUCCAGUCGUUCACGGAGACCUUACUGGUAGCAAUGUCCUCAUCAACAAUGGAUCGGCAUGUCUUACAGAUUUUGGCCUUUCUGGCACUUUGCAGACGCUGAUCGGUAUGUCGUAUCUCGCUAAGACGAGCUGUCGUCCAGGAGCAGUGAGAUGGGCGGCUCCUGAACUUGUUUCUGACGCCCAACCACCCGCUGCGGUAACCAUUCAAAGCGACAUUUACUCCUUUGGUAGCAUCAUGCUUCAAGUUUUGACGGGAGACGUGCCUUGGUCCCACCAGCCCAGUGAGCUCGUAAUCACGGUUCAAGUGUCUCAGGGGCACAUUCCUCCUCGUCCCCCCGGUGAUUGUGUCACAAAUCGGUGCUGGGAUUUUAUCCUCCGCUGCUGGUCCAUGACACCCAACAAUCGGCCUUCUGCCGCAGAAGCACUUCAAUUUGUUGUUAGCGAGCAGAGCCUAGCUUAA